UACCUACAGCCGUCCCAAGCCUCUUCUCCGAAAACGUCGACGCGGUGACCCGGUUCUGGGGGAUGGGUCUCAUACGGACUGUUCGCGGAGGCCAUUAACGUCUGAAAGUGAAUGAAAAUGUCCAACAUCAUCGGUGCGGCGUCCCGGGUGAAAUGGGACCGCACGGCCGCGGCGAAGCGGGCUGUGUUUCUCGCAGCCGCCGCUUACGGCGUCAGGACGCUGUACCCCGUCAUCUGGAAGCAGCUCUGCGGGAACAAAACCGACAGUCGCCGGGGUCCAAAGGCGGAGAACGGAUCCGCGUGCGCGGGGGAAACCCAGGCGGACGCCGCGGGCGAUAAGAAAGCACCCCUCGGCGUGAACGCGGACUUCUUCAAGCAGAUCUUCGAGCUCGGUAAAAUCCUGUUCCCCCGGCUCGUUUCCAGGGAGCUGGUUCUGCUCUGCUUGCACUCCGUGGCGCUGGUCUCCAGGACGUUUCUGUCCAUUUACGUGGCCAGCUUGGACGGGAAGAUCGUGAAGACCAUCGUGGAGAAGAAGCCCCGGCGCUUCGUCCUGCAGCUCAUCAAGUGGCUCCUCAUCGCCAUCCCGGCCACGUUCGUCAACAGCGCCAUCCGGUACCUGGAGUGCAAGCUGGCGCUGGCCUUCCGGACCCGGCUGGUGAACCAUGCCUACCGGACCUACUUCACCGAUCAGACCUACUACAAAGUCAGCAACAUGGACGGGAGGCUGGCCAACCCGGACCAGUCUCUCACCGAGGAUGUGAUGAUGUUCUCCCAGUCCGUGGCCCACCUGUACUCCAAUCUCACCAAGCCCAUCCUGGACGUGGUGUUGACCUCCUACACCUUGAUCCAGACCGCCAGGACCAGGGGAGCCAACGCCCGCGGACCCACCCUGCUGGCAGGGCUGGUGGUCUUUGCCACGGCUAAGGUCCUGCGGGCAUGCUCGCCCAGAUUCGGGACUCUGGUGGCCGAGGAGGCGCACAAGAAGGGCUACCUGCGGUAUGUGCACUCCAGGAUCAUUGCCAACGCUGAGGAGAUCGCUUUCUACAGAGGGCACAAGGUGGAGAUGCGUCAGCUGCAGAAGUGCUACCGGGCCCUGGCGGAGCAGAUGAACCUGAUCCUGUCCAAGCGUCUCUGGUACAUCAUGAUCGAGCAGUUCCUCAUGAAGUACGUGUGGAGCGCCAGCGGGCUCGUCAUGGUGGCCGUGCCCAUCAUCACCGCCACCGGCUUCGCAGACGGCGGUGGGGAGUUUGUCUGUUUGUGGUUUGUUUGCGCCUGUGCGUUGUUUGUGUAUUUACGGACCGCCUGUCUGUCUGCAGAGACGGGGACCGGACAGGCUCAGAUGAUGGUGAGCGAGAGGACGGAGGCGUUCACCACCGCCAGGAACCUCCUGGCCUCAGGAGCCGAUGCCAUCGAGAGGAUCAUGUCCUCCUACAAAGAGGUCACGGAGUUGGCGGGCUACACUGCGAGGGUCCACAACAUGUUCGUGGUGUUCGAGGACGUCCAGAAGGGGGUGUACAAGCGCUCCUCGCUGUCGGCGACCGCGGGGACGCAGAAGAAGAACAAACCGGAGCUGCACAUCGACGGGCCGCUGGAGAUAAAGGGCGAGGUGAUCGACGUCGACCAGGGGAUCGUGUGCGAGAACGUCCCGAUCAUCACACCCAACGGGGACGUCGUCGUGUCGUGCCUGAACUUAAAGGUGGAAGAAGGGAUGCACCUGUUGAUCACAGGACCAAACGGUUGUGGGAAAAGCUCUCUGUUCAGGAUCCUCAGCGGCUUGUGGCCGGUCUACGGUGGCCGGCUACACAAACCCUCUCCAGAGCACAUGUUCUACAUCCCUCAGCGGCCGUACAUGUCGGUGGGGACGCUGCGAGACCAGGUGAUCUACCCAGACUCCAUGGAGGACAUGGCCGCCAGAGGCCUCGGUGACCAAGACCUGGAGGCCAUCUUGGACAUAGUCAACCUUAAUCACAUCGUCACCAGAGAGGGAGGCUGGGACGCUGAGCUGGACUGGAAAGAUGUUCUGUCCGGAGGCGAGAAGCAGAGGAUGGGCAUGGCUCGCAUGUUUUACCAUAAGCCUAAAUAUGCUCUGCUGGACGAGUGCACGAGCGCCGUGAGCAUCGAUGUGGAGGGGAAGAUUUUUCAGGCUGCCAAGGAUGCCGACAUCUCCUUGCUCUCCAUCACCCACCGACCCUCCCUGUGGAAGUACCACACCCACCUGCUGCAGUUCGACGGCGAGGGCGGCUGGCGCUUCGAGCAGCUGGACUCGGCGACGCGCCUCACCCUCACCGAGGAGAAGCAGCGGCUCGAGGCCCAGCUCGCCGGCAUUCCCGAGAUGCAGAAUCGCCUCAACGAGCUCUGCAAGAUCCUGGGAGACGACUCGGUCCUGAAAACAGCCGAGGAGUGACAGUGAGGGGCGCGGGGGGGGGGUCGAGGAGGCAAUGAAAGUCAAAGACGUGUAGAGGCAGCGUGUUUUUUUGUUUUAGGUGUUAGUUUCGUUCUUUUUGCUCUGAGCCUCACUUGGUAAACCACGUCGUCUCCUCCCUCCUCGGUUAUCCUGCUGCUGUCUGAGAAGUGAGGGCGGGGGAGGGCGGGGGUACAACGACUCCCUCUUGUAACGCACACCGACGGUAUUCUCAGUUGUGGAUUUUUAACUAGGGCUGCACAAUAUGUAGAAAAAUGAUCGUUGACGUGACGGGAACAUCAUAAAGAACCGUGAUUAUUUACCAAAACAAACUCCACGACAGGAAGGCGUUUGUGUCGGACUGCGGCUGAGAGGAUACGGAGAACGCAGUGAGCGUGAAUAAUCCACAUGUCCAACAAAAUACUGCGUGUUUUUAGGGAUGCAUCAACACCUCAUUACUGAGUGAGUACUGAUAGAAGUACUAAUAAAUGCCGUUAAGCUUCUUAACAGUAUAACCUCUAAAUACAGAUCCAACAAGUGAUUUGUUUUUUCCAUUCACCGGUGAAUAAACGGGAAAGUCUUUCGACAACAAACAAAAAAAUAACUCGGUUGAAUUAAACCUGAAGCAAGCGUCGCACAAAAAGUCAAACUUUUAUCAGGUUAAUUGUUCGUUUUAUGCGACGAUACUUCACGGCAAUUAAUCUUAUGUCGUUCGAAAGCCUUUCGUUCCCGCUUAAAUGGUGCCCGAGGAAGAAAAGCAUUGUUGUGGCUGUGUAUGGUUCUUCCACAUGCUCCUCAAAGCCCCAGUUUGUUCACUUAAUCGUUAAAUUGCCAAUACGUCGUGUUUCUUCAGAGACUUCAAUCAUUAAAUCCAAGAAACGGCAACAUGUCGAUCGCAGAACAAACGGUGUGGCAGAGAAGAUUUGAUCAAUUUUUCACGAGCCUAAUCCACAAAUGCAUUUUCCUUACAAAGGUGGCGCCAUUUAAAGGGAAAUAAACACCUUGUAGUGUAAACGUUUAUAGUCACGUUAAGAAAACAACAACGCGUAUUCGUAAUUAACACGUGGAGAGACUGCAGAAGAGUUUUGAAGCGUUAGCUUAGCACCUACCUCGAAAUCGGUGUGCGCAGCGACCCGCGGUGGACGACGUUGAGGAGCGCGGUCGGUUUGGGUUUCCGCUCCGAAUUACGACGAUGUUCGUAUGUUCGCGCAGGCGGAGGCCGUAUCCGUGCACACGUACACGUUGUCCAAGUAUUGUGCAGCUCUAUUUUUAGCCGUUUUAGCC